GUUCUCCACUGUCGACCAAGUUGGGACGGUGAGCUCAGCUGCAACGUAGCAGUACUGUGGUCGAGUCAGCUGAAGUUGGCUCGUGAGCGGACGCACCCCAUCCUUGUUGUUUUGAACUGUCUAGCCUAUCCUAAGAUGUUGGACUUUGUGAUCUUUGCAGUAACAUUUCUUACAGUUUUGCUCGUUGCAAUAAUAUGGCUCUAUCCGAGCUCGAAGAAGGUCACCACAAUACCUGGUGUUGAUCCAUCAAGUAAAGAAGAUGGCAACUUCAGUGAUAUCGCUCGUGCAGGCAGUCUGCAUGAAUUUCUGCUUGACCUACAUAGCCAGUUUGGAGACAUUGCUGGUUUCUGGUGGGGACAGACCUAUGUGGUCAGCAUUGCUUCACCUGAACUGUUCAAAGCCCAUGCCAAUGUAUUUGACAGACCCACUGAGCUGUUUAGGUUCAUUGAACCUCUGAUUAGUAUGCAGUCUUUGCAGUUUGCCAAUGGUUCUGAUGGGCGGAUGAGGAGAAAAGCUUAUGACCGCCCUUUUUCUCAUGAAAAUCUCAAGAAACAUUUUGCUGAAUUUCAAACGAUUGCAGGAAUUGUGGAAAAAAAAUGGUCAAAGAAAAGUGAGUCUGACCACAUACCACUUGGUGAGGACAUGGCAUUAUUUUCGGUUCGCGCCACUUUGUUGACCCUGAUGGGAGACAGUUUCCAAGAUGAGAAAUUGGCACAGAGUGUUUUUAAUGCCUACACAAAGGUGUGGAAUGAGAUGGAGCACCGCAUCACAGACCCUGUCCCUCCUGGUGAGAACGAUGCACGGCAAAAGUCAUUUACAGAAGCUCUCCAGUACCUGAAGAAGACGGUGAAGAAGGUUGUAGAACACCGGGAACAGAACAAACUCCAGGACCAGCAGCUCCUGAUUGACGUCAUCCUUCAAUCUACGACAGAUGAGGAUGUGCUUAUUUCUGAUGUCAUAUCUUACAUGGUUGGAGCAUUUCACACAUCUGCUUACAUGUUGACAUGGGCCAUGUAUUUCCUGGCCACUCAUCCUGACAUUCAGAGCAAGCUGCACUCGGAGAUUGUCCAAGUCUUAGGCCAGAAAGACGUCGUCACAGAUUCCAACUAUGGCCAGCUACGGUAUCUCUACCAGGUACUUCAGGAAACGCUGCGCUGUGCUGUUGUUGCUCCUUGGGGUGCACGAGUCCAGGAUUUUGAUACUGAGCUUGGCGGACACAAAGUUCCCAAAAAUACUCCAGUGAUUCAUGCGCUUGGUGUCGUGAUGCAGGAUGAAAAGCUUUGGCCUCUCCCACAAAGGUUUGAUCCUGAUCGCUUCAGUACUGAAAAAAGCAAGGACCAUCCAACGUAUGCGUUUUCCCCCUUUGGAUUUGCCGGCAAGAGAAUUUGCCCUGGUCAUAAAUUCGCAUACAAUGAGGCCACUGUUUUGGUAGCUACUCUUAUUAGGAAGUUUGAGGUGAGCAUGUGGGAUGACCAGGUGGUGAAGCCUGUCUUUGGUUUAGUCACUCAUCCACAGGAGGAAAUCUGGCUCAAGGUGUCCAAAAGAAAAUGAUCUGGUCUGAAGGGAAGAGCUGAAUAUGGAACUGAGAAUGUUUUCCGGAAAAACAUCUUAUGGGAAAAAGCAUGUGCCUCUGAGUUUUUUGUUUUUUUUACUACUUUCAAAGAAGUGGUCCCUUAAUGAGUGGAAUUGAUAUUGGUUGGUUUGUAUAGCCAGCGACUUUUUCUGAAUUUGUGGAGAGGAAUACAUUAUGUUGCUACAGUCUUGGACAACAUACUUAUAUGCUUCUGUUUAUGUGAGUAAUUAGUUCUUAGCAUUUGCUCCAAGUAAUAUAGCUGUGGUGUUGAAUGUGUUGUUACCUUCAUAGGAUGCUGAAUUCUCAUUCAGCACGAGAGCUGAAUAGCGAGGUGCUAUUUUUCCAGUAGUAUCCAUACUUUUGGAAAUAUCUGUAAUACUCCCAGAGUCAUAGUUGUAUGAUAGUCUUUUUCAUUAGUGUUUUUUGGUUUUUUUUGUAGAUAUAUUGUGAAAAUGGAUUUUGGACAUUGAAAUAUCAUUUGUAUAAAUAUUCCUUUGAUAAAAAGAGCCUUGUGUAAAAUGAUCGUUUCAACUGUUUUCAAGGAUGCCUUGGAAAAAUUUGUGAGAAAAAUGUUUAAACAAUUUUCUAUUAGUUUUUGUUAUACUUAUGGAAACUGUUUGUGUUAUUGUAUAAUUACUGUGUUGAUCAUUAACGAGACAGAGACUCGUCAUUAAGAGCCAAGUAGUAUUAGAUCAUGACCUCAGGUAUGGAUCUAAAAACUGAGGAGUAUUUUGUCUGCACUCGGGUGGGAUGUUUCUUAUUUCUCGCAAGAUAUUUUGUUGUACGUCUGUCCCAAGAGGCUCUGCUUGUCAAGUACAGCUGGUUUGUUAAUGUGUGAAUCAUGCAAUUGAUUUGGUUUAUUUCCCCACCCCCACCUUUUAUUUUUUUUAAAAAAUGUUGAUUAGGCCUAAUGGUUCCUGAUGCUGAGUUAACGACCCUACAUAGGUGGUAAAAUAAUUCUCCAUCUACUUUAAGAACAUGAAAAUAUUCUCACUUUGUCUAUGGGAAAAUAGUGAGCCCUUUCUAGCUACAGUUGUGAAUGGUGAGAUCAGAAAAGAGACUGUUCAGUUCUUAAUUUUGGCUAUUCCUUUUAAAAGCUGUUUUAGCCUACGUGUGAUGCUGAUGAAGUCUGGCGUAGCCAGAAGGAAUUGUCUCAAACCAUGUGUAGAGAAUAGAGCAAUAAAAUGGUUUUCCAUGUGUGCAUUAUGGGAAAGCAUUUUAGUUCAUGUGGGCAUCUUGGAAAUUUUGGAGUGGUUAGGGAAUCGGAGGAACUAAAACUUGUGUGACAAAAGUAGCUGUCAGUGUGUAUGCCGUGAUGACAGUGAUUGGGGAGAUAGAUUACAUAUGAUUAUCUAAGUUGCUUGUGAAUUAAUUGUGUUAUUUUAAGUCAUGUUAUAAAUUUCUGCCUGUAAUUUAUUUUUUCCUUAAUUCUGAAUUUUUGUUCAGAAUUGUACCACUCUUAUCCCAUUGACUAUUGAGGCCUAUUUUUCAGUUCUUUCAAUUUAUAUAUUUUUAUAUCACUAAAAAAUGUAAGAUCUAUGUGGACUGCAAGGGUUUGCACCACAGUUUCUGAUGCUCUAGAAAAGUGAGAGAUUCUGACUUUUUCUCAUCUUCUGUUUAUUGUGCAACAAAUUAUUUCCACAAGCUCUGUAGGAUUAAUGUAACACCCUUUAUCAAAACUCAAAGCUGAGUUUAUAAGAUAGAAUGUAACUUUGAUUGUAGGAUUAAGUGGCUCUUUGCACUUACUUUUUAUAACUAAGUUUUAGUUAAAAUUACUUUUCUUUUUAGUAAGGUUUUAAUGACACUUGCAACACAAUAGGGUCAUACAAGCGCCGAAAAUUAGAGGUGUUUGAAGAGACUGACAAACACAAAAAAAAGGAGGAGAGAUAAGGACGAUAAAGUUUGAUGGGAAAGAAAGAGUACCACACCAGAACACCCACCAACCACCUGCGUCAAACAAAUGCUAUCCUGGUACAAAAUGGCAUCCUGUCUGGCUGUGCUGUAACCAGAAAGAAAAAUGUGAUUCUGUUUCUGCUGAAUAUAUUGGAAAAGGUAGGCCUACUUUCCUUAAGUAGUAUUUGUAGCUAGGUUAGAAUGUUUAGAGUAUAAUAUAGGCUUUGCAGUCCUGAUGUCAGAAAUGUAAAUAGAGCAGGUGAUUUGAAUGCCUUUUAUUGCAGUUAUAAUAAUUGUAUUGUAAAUUAUACUGUGAGCUGUUUUGAACAGUAAAAUGCAUUCCGUCUUUUCAGAAUCUCUCACUGUAAGGUUCUUCCACUCUCCAUGCAUUUGGUUGCCUUCUUCCAGCUUGUCGCACACUGGCUCUGAAGAGGUUCUGUCAAUUUAUUUUCUGUGAGCCUUUCCCCUUGCCCUGAUCAGUGGCGAAGUUGUUUUUUUUUUUUACCUUGAGUUGCCAAGGUGUCUUAAAUGAGUACAAUGUACAUUUUACAUGUCCAAACUUUUUCGUCCAUGUCCAAGAAAACCAGAUGCCACGUCUCACUUCCUGUAAGACCUUGGAUAUGGGAGAAUUUCAUAAUUUGUGUCAUGACAAGGUGGAAUCAGGCACUCGUAAAUUUUUGAGCAUGUGGAAUUAUUGGUAUCAUGCUUUCAAUGAAAUAGAUAUCCAUAUGUCUUGAAUAGAGCUUAAGAUAUUUGUGAUCAAGAUCACCUGGUUUCAGUGGUGAAAUUAGCGAGAAAAUGGCCACCAAAGUCUGGUAACUCCAAUAGCUAAAGAGUCCUUGAAAAGAGAUAAAUGACAUAUUUUCUGCCUUUAAUCAAUGUUUUUCAGUAAAAUUUACAUGGAAAUAUGAUUUUAGAUUGACAUAAAAGAGGUUGAGCCUAAAAUAAAAAUUCCAUUAAAAUUUCCAAACUGGCAGAAAAAUGCCUGUUUCUCCAAUUUCUGUAUUUUGAUGAGCGCCUGAUUUCACCAUACUGCUUCACAUAGGCUGAUUAUUUAUUCCUCAUUUUUCUUAGUGCUUUUUCUAAAGUACACUGUACUUGUUAGAACUGGAAUGUGGGUUUUUGAUAGUUGACCUCUAUUCAAAGUUGUUUUGCCGUGCGGGCACAAGAUUUAUAGCAGUGUACUUUUACAGUGUGUCUUUUACCAGGUGCAAAAAAUCAUCAGUCUGUUUUUGAACAGCAUUGUGUUGGUUUGCUUGUAUUUAAGUGAAGCUGUAGUCUGAAAUAAAUAACAUGUAAUUUAAAAGCAAAAUGUAGUGCACGUAAGGGCCUAAUGAUCUUUUUUCGUUUUGAACUUUUCUUUACUCGCUUGUGAAAAAGGCCAAUGAUAUUUUUUUUUUUGGAUUGCUUUCUUGUUAGUUGAAUGUACAGUAUUUUUGUUUAUUUUUAAGUGUCUUACGGCGCUAGCAACUGCGUAAGGUCAUAUGAGCGCGCUACAGUAGUUUGAUUUCCAUAAAAAUUUGCAAGUGUGAGUGGCUGUUCUUGCCAGAUAUUUUUCUAAUUAAUGCCACUUUAUUGUGUUCAGUUUACUGAAAGCGAGCAGUUUUUUGCUUACUGUCGAUUGCUCAUUCUAUGGUGUUGAGAUUCUCUCUCCUGAUGAUUCUUGAAAGCUCAUUAGGUGGCAUUAAAGAGAAAUUUUGUUGAUGGGAAGGAGUGCUCUAAUCAAUGUUUGUGGGACUUCUCAAGCUCUCAAAUCACUAUUUCCUUAAAAAAAACACAACUCAAAAACAACUGAAUGCUAAGUAAAAAUGCCCAUUGCCUGUUGUUUGAAAUAUCAUAGCAUGAGUAAUGUGAGAGUGAAUGACUUUUUGCAUAGACCAACUUGUCGCAUUUUUUUCUCCUGGAUCAGUGCUCAAAGUUUCUUCUUGUCGACCUUCAAGCUUAUUAGGGCCUAUAACUUUGGUUAAAGUGCUUUGGCUGUAUGAUUCUGGGACCUUAUCUAAGAAUGCAGAGUCAACAAGUGUGUACACCAGUUAUAGAAAUAAGAUCACUUCUCCUGUUCCAGCAUGGGUAUGGGGACAGCAGUUACAACUCUUUUUGGAAAGUCUUUUUUAGACCAGGGAUUCCUCUACAAAUCUAUUAUAAUCUAUUAUAAUACAUAAACUGAGUCUUUUGGUGCUUUUAUCUUUGGUCUCUGUACUUUGGUGUAGCUUGUAGUUGUGGUGGUAGUUGAAUAUAUUCUUUAUUCUGAUUUUCUUUGUCCAAGGGUUUUGGGCUCCAGAGCCUAAUUCUUUACAGGUUUUCUUCCAAAUUAUAUCUGUCAUAUAGUCUCAUGUGAUCCGUCUUUACUUUGUUUAGAAAAGUUAUCCUUUCAUUUAUCUAAUAUAAACGUUUGUAGACUUUAUUGAGCCUCUUAUUCUGCUUCUUCUUACUGAUGGGAAAUGUCUGCCUUUCUUUACUUGUGAUAAAAUGUCUGGGUCUAUUGGGAAUUAACAAGAACAAUGUUGUUUUUUUCCAUGUUCAUUUUUUUUCUUUUAAUUUUGUACUCACAUGCAAUGUACAUUCAUGAUGUAUGCAUACAUGCAUGCAAAAAAAAAAAA